AUGAGCGAAGAAGACGAUAAACCCGAUAAACAAGUGGAAAGUGUUCGUUUGGAUAUCGGAGAAGAGGUGGCUGAUAAGGAUGGACGAAUGGUAUGGAGAGCGAUCAGAGAGCUUGGGAAGGGAGCAUUCGGAACAGUGUAUCAUGUUGUCAAUAAAACUACGAAACAAGAAGCAGCACUUAAAAUUGAACGAAUGACAGCUGGUGACAAUUUAUUGAAAAUUGAACGAGAAAUAAUGAAAGCAAUGCAACCGGAAACUACGGCUAUUCAUAUUUUCGACGAUGGAAUCUACAACGAUUUCCGUUUCAUCGUGAUGACGUUGUGUGGUCCCGAUUUGCAGAAGAUCGCCGACUUGAUGAACAACACGUUCAGUCCGGAAACCAUAAUCCGUGUCUGCAUUCGAACACUUCUGGCAAUCAAGACUCUUCACGAGUACGAGUACGUUCAUCGAGAUCUGAAGCCGUGCAAUUUUGCGGUCGACUACAAUACCAACUCACUUCACGUCUAUUUGUUCGAUUACGGAAUGGCUAGAAAGUAUGCGAGAAAAGAGAACAAUCGUUGGUAUCUGAGACGUCCCAGACAACCGGCGCAAUUCCGUGGUACCAUCAGAUACUGUUCUCUGAACAUGCACAAACGAAAAGAGCUCGGUCGAAUCGACGAUAUAUGGUCGUGGUUUUUCAUGAUGAUGGAGAUGCAUAAGCCUCUUCCUUGGAACGCAACUACGAAUCCCGAUAAAGUAGAAGCAUGGAAGGAGGUUCAUCUCAAGGAAUUCCUCGCCAAAGAUCCAUUCUUGAAUCUAUUCGACCCACUUAUCGUCUACAUGAAUUCCGUCGAAUACCCGGAUCGGCCGGAUUAUGCCAAAAUUUUCGGAAUACUUCAUGAGAAACUAAAAGAGUUGAAUGGAAAACUGUCAGGACCUAUGGAAUAUGACCCGGCUAGAAUCAAUGCACUUGUUGCGGAAACGGGGGAAUCAGCAAGACCAAAAGAGGCAUCAAAAAUGGAAGACGAGACGGCGGUUAUGAACUUUUUGUCGAAUUCAUUCCAAAAGGUUGUGGUUCCCGGUGGCCCUCAUUUGAUUCUAGGAGAGUAUGUGGACUUUUUUGGGAAUCUCGAACCGAAAAAGGCAAAAGAAGAGAAGACGGAUGAGAACAAAAAGCAUCAUCAUAGACUCUCGGCUGCUCAUGUGAAGAACAAGAUGCUCGGAAAGCCGAAACAACCAGGUUCAGGACCUGGAAAGAAAGAGGGUCAUUCGUCUAUGAACUCUAGAGUGAGUCUUCAGAAGACUAAAACGAAGGGAUCGAAGAAGUGA